AUGAACAGGCAAUUUUCUUGGGCCCUUCUUUGUGCUCUAUGUGUAUUGGUGGUUAUAUUACUCGCUGUCCAAUCUAUUCUCAGCGUGGGAAAGUAUAUGCGAUUACUCGGUUGCAUGGCAAAUGAUACACAGCGGCACUACCUACCUCCGAUCCUAGCUUGGGCGGGAUUAAAGAAGCACCUAAUAUACGCUCCAUUAUUCCGAAAUAGACACAUACAGGAGCUUCAGCUCUCAGCAUUCCCAAGUAUGUGUUGCAUACCGACGCGGCCGCAGUUCUGCAUUAUUACCAUAAUAGCAUUGAUGAACGGGUGCUUCUGCUUGACCCGAAUACCGUGGAAAUCUCCUACAGAAGACCUCUACCCUGUUAUUAGAAAUCGCCUAGGAACCAUUGCCGUGGUCAACCUCAUCCCAUUGAUUCUCCUGCCCGGGCGACACAACCAUCUAAGCAGAUUGCUCAGCAUCAAGUUUGAUAAUCUCAAUCUUAUCCAUCGUUGGAUUGGCCGUAUUAUCAUGCUGGAGGCCGUCACUCACGCUGCUAUGUGGAUUGCUGGCGACUCGGAAAGAUUCGGUUGGAGUGCUGUAUUGACAUCCGUUGAUCAUAGCGAGUUCAUUUACACUGGACUCAUUGCAUGCCUCGCGUUCAUGGUUCUUUCAUUGCAUUCACUGUCAAUGAUUCGCCACGCCUUUUAUGAGACCUUUCUCCACGUUCAUGUCCUCCUUGUCUGCCUCGCCAUUGCCGGUCUUUGGUAUCACCUGAAGGAGCUUUAUGCAAGACGGUAUCUGCUUGCCGCUAUGGGAGUCUGGACAACACAGUUAGGAAAGCGGUUGAUUCGUUAUUCUGUGUUGUUCUGGAGAAAUUGCGGGCGUGCUAUCACACGCACUACCGUAAGAAUGCUUCCAGGUGAGGCACUGAUGGUGACUAUUAGCGUGGCACGACCUUGGACUAUACUUCCUGGACAGAAUAUUUUCUUCUACAUACCCUCCGUAGGUCUGUGGACCUCUCAUCCCUUUACCGUAGCAUGGCAUGAGCUAGAGGAAGUACCAGAUGAAACGAAGGGGCUCCCGGUGUCAUGGUCUGAUCUCUGCACAACCCGUCAGAAGACCAGAAUCUACCUCAUCAUAAGACGAAGAACAGGAUUUACAAACCAACUAUACAAAAGAAUUGAAACCAGUCAGAGCAAGUGUGAAUCUUUUACAGCCCUAGUUGAAGGUCCAUAUGGACGGCCGUGUCAUUUGAAAUCAUACGGCACAGUCAUCCUCUUCGCCGGAGGAGUUGGUAUCACGUAUCAACUGCUGCAUGUGCGCCAUCUGAUCAAAGAUGCUACUGAUAACUUCAUUGCUUGUCACCAAAUCUCCUUAGUCUGGAUCAUUCGAAGGUUGGAUUAUAUCGAGUGGGUCCAGCCAUGGUUGAGAUCUCUCUUCGACCUCCCCGGAGCAAGGGGGAUCCUUCGCGUUCGAAUUUUUGUCACGAAGCUUUUCUUUCCUGAAGGGAUAGAGCUACUCAUGGGACGACCGGAUAUUCAGUGGGAGAAUAAAGUAGUAGCAGUAUGA